CCACGCGAAACACACAAAAUCCACCAGCAACAGCAAUCCAGCAAUCCAGCAGCGACAUGAAGAGGCGACGCGUAAUCGAGUUGGUGGCAGUGGGAACUCGUUUCGGUGGCUUCCGUGUUGCACCGUGGAAGAUGGCAUGCGCCUGCCACACGCGUCUGUUGGGGCUAAUUGUGGGACUCGGCAUGAUUGGCGUGUGCUCGGCCGUUGGCUACUCGUAUACGCGCUUCGAGGGUCCCGUGGCGGGGCCGGAGCAUCUGGUGACGGUCCACAAUGGACGCACCGACUAUGUGGCACGGCCCGAGUACAGCUUCGCCUAUGGCGUCGAAGAUGGCAAGACGCGUGUGCUGCAGAAUCGCAAAGAGACGCGCAACGGGGACGAGGUGCGCGGUGUCUACAGCGUAGUCGAUCCUGAUGGCACCCUGCGUGUGGUCAAAUACACCGCAGACGAUGCCAACGGCUUCCAGGCGGAGGUUAUCACGAAUGGUGUGAAAACGCUGCACGGCCAUGGAGGCGAUGAUGCAGGAGGAGGUGCGCAAGGAGGUGCUGCAUCGGUGGAUGAACAGGUAAGGCAUGAAACCCCUGCUGAAACGGAGUCAGAGGAUGAAGAAGGAGAUCAAGGCAAAGCCUACUACAAGGUGCACGAGGACUACGACGAGGGAGAAGGCGGUGCAGAGGAGCAGGAGAACGAGGGAGCUGAAGACCAUGAGGAGGGUGGCGGCGAUCAUCAGGAGUACGAGGGCAGCAGCGAGGAGGGCUACGACGAGGCCGAUGCGCACAGUCAGCAGCAGGAGAGCAGCGAAGAGUAUUAAAAGGGACACCAUGCCCCUAGCUAUAAGUCUGCAAUAUG